AAUCCGGUGGUCUACCUUUGCAUCCUGCUCUCUGCUUUCCCCGUGCCCAGAGUCCUGCGAUCGACGUCAGAAAAAACCGGUAGUUACAACUGCCAGUUAUCUCUUCAUCUCAACCUUUGGUACACGCUUUCUUUUGUUACCAUGGCAACGAAGGGUGCUCGCGGCACGGUGACGGCAGCGCCGGGGUUCAACGCGGAAGAAGAUGCACAGAAGCUGAGAGGUGCCAUGAAGGGGGCUGGCACGAAUGAGGCCACCAUUAUUGAGAUCCUAGCACAUCGCAGCAUCGAGCAGAGGCAGCGCAUUAAGGAGGAAUUUAAGAAAACAGUGGGGAAGGACCUGGCUGAUGAGCUAAAGUCGGAGCUGACCGGGAACUUUGAGAAGGUGGUGUUGGGGCUGCUGAUGCCUCCGGCUGUGUACGACGCCUAUGAGCUGCGGAACGCCAUCAAGGGUGCGGGGACAGAUGAGGCUUGUCUCAUUGAAAUCCUGGCUUCCAGAACCACUGAAGAAAUCAAGGCUUUCACUGCUGUUUACAACAAAGAAUAUGGGGAGAGCUUGGAAGAUGAUAUCUGCGGUGACACUUCUGGAAUGUUCCAGAGAGUUCUGGUGUCUCUGCUCACGGCGGGGCGGGACAAUAGCUCUGCUGUCGAUGAGGCUCUGGCCGUGCAGGAUGCCAAGGACAUAUACGAGGCGGGAGAGGCUCGUUGGGGCACAGACGAGGUCAAGUUCCUGACGGUGCUGUGCGUGAGGAACAGGAACCACCUGCUCCGAGUGUUUGAGGAGUACCAGAAGAUCUCUGGUCGGGACAUUGAGGACAGCAUUAAGAGGGAGAUGUCGGGUACCCUGGAGGACAUCUUUUUGGCCAUAGUUAGCUGCAUCAGAAACAAGCAAGCGUUCUUUGCAGAACGUUUAUACAAGUCCAUGAAGGGUCUGGGCACUACAGACAGCAUUCUGAUCAGAAUCAUGGUGUCCAGGGCUGAGGUCGACAUGCAGGACAUCAAGGCCCAGUUUCUCAAGAUGUACAGCAAGACCCUGUACUCCUUCAUUAAGGGCGACACCUCGGGCGAUUACCGCAACAUCCUUCUGGAGCUGUGCGGAGGGGAGAAGUAGAGCUACAGAUGAGCUGUGACAUCUUCAGCCUCAGCCUUCAUCUUCUUCCCACACUCCUCUUCCUCGCCCUGCUCCUCUUGGAGCCCUACAUUUCAUAUAUGACAUGUUUGUUUAAGCAGCUUUUUUCAAUGUUUGUUAUGACAAUAAAAC